AGGAUAUAAAAUGGUUUUCAAAAGGAAUACUUCAGGAAAAGGUGGUGGAUGUGCGUCGUCCGGAAUGCGAUGGCAAGUACUCUUUGUCUUUGUGUACCUUUGUGGCAUUGCUCUGGGACAAAUCCGUUACUCCAUCCCAGAGGAAAUGAAGAAAGGGUCACUGAUAGGCAACGUAGCACAGGAUCUUGGUCUGGAUGUGAAAAGGCUCCGGGCCGGUCGAGCUCGUAUUGUGACCGGGGAAGGGAAUCAGUACACGGAGCUUAAUGCAGACAAAGGGAUCCUGGUUGUGAGUGAGAGGAUAGACCGAGAGCAGUUGUGUGGUGACACGACUCCCUGCAGCUUUAGCUUCGAGAUCAUUCUAGAAAACCCCAUAGAAUUGCAUCCGGUAAAUAUUUUAAUUAAUGACCAGAAUGACAACGCACCGCAGAUCCUCUACCCUCUCCAGACAGGUGGCUCUAACUUAGCGGAGAUAGUGCCUCGCUCAGCUGAUGUAGGCUACCUGGUCACUAAAGUGGUGGCUGUUGACGUUGACUCAGGGCAGAAUGCCUGGCUCACAUACAGGUUUCAGAAACCGGUAGACAGGGCGCUGUUUGAAGUCGGUGCUCAAAAUGGAGAAAUAAGGACCAUGCGCCAGAUUACAGACAAAGAUACGGUGAAGCAAAAGCUCACUGUGGUGGUCGAAGACAACGGACAGCCCUCCCGCUCUGCUACGGUCAAUCUCAACGUUGCUGUUGCAGAUAGUUUUCCGGAGGUUCUCUCAGAGUUCACAGAGUUGACGCACGAUAAGGAAUACAACGACAACUUGACAUUUUAUCUCGUCCUGGCUCUAGCUGUAGUGUCUUUCCUCUUUGUAACAUCACUGGUUGUUAUUAUAUCCGUUAAGAUUUACCGGUGGAGGCAUUCUAGCACCUACUAUCAGUCAAAUCUCCCCGUUAUCCCGUACUACCCACCACAUUUCGGAGACACUACUGGUGCAGGAACUCUUCAGCGAGUGUACAAUUACGAAUUGUACAAAACGACAGAUUCCAGGAAGAGUGACUACAAAUACCCCGGAUGUGGUCAAAACGUCAUGAUUGUGGACCAGAGUGCACCCGGAACUAUAAGGCACUCAGCCAGCGAAAAGAACAUUCUGGAUGAACCAGACUCACCUCUGGAGAAUGGCUGGCUGACGGAAAGCAACGGACAGGGCACUUUUUGA